GAGCGUGUGUGUAGAGGGUGGGCCGAGCUCAAGGCCGGUUUGAAGAGGGCGACGCCGUUGGGAUACCACAGUGAUGCCGCGCCGGGUCCGCGCACAGAAGCGAACGGCGGGUGUGGUCGAGGAUGAAGAGGUCAAGGCAGAACAGGUGCGCCGAGAGCACAAAGCCAAGCAGAAGCAAGCAGUUGGCAGCGAUGCCGAACAAGAGGAGGAGGAGCUCUUUCCCGACAGCUUGCACGGCCCAGAUAGCGAGUCGGACGUGACUGAUGAUGAGCAAAUUGACGAGGAGGCCCGCCAAGCGGACCGUGAUCUUCUCAAGGAACUCGUCACUCUGCAGGGUUUGAACGGCGAGGACCCGAGCGAUGCCGACAAUGACGAUGACGACGACGAGGAGGAGGCAGCAUCGGAUGAUGAUGAUGAGGAGGAGGAUGCAGAACCAUCUUCCGACUCGUCCAACGAAGCCUCGGACGCUGGACAAGAAGAGGGCACGACAGACCCACACACAACGACAGACGAUAAGGCUUCGGCCACAACGCAGAUGGUUGUGUACAGCUCAGACGACGACACAAGCGACGAAGAGCACUCACUCAACCGCGUCGGACGCAUUCCCAUGGAGUGGUAUGAAGAUUACGAGCACAUUGGCUACGACCUCAACGGCAAGCGCAUUCGCAAACCCAAGCAAAAGGACCGCCUUGAAAAGUUUCUGGACGCUUUCGAGGCUGGUAACAAUGGCCGCACCAUCUACGAUCCCGUGACCGGCAAGGAGAUCGAGCUGACAGACGAUGAUAUCAACAUGAUCAAAAGGAUACAGAGCGGGCAACUCCCGGACACUGGCAUCAAUCCCUAUGAGGACUAUGUGGAUUUUUUCACGCACGAGAAAAUGCAAACGCCUGUCGUGGACAAGCCCGAGCCAAAACGCCGCUUUGUCCCCUCCAAAUGGGAGCACAAGAAGAUUAUGAAGAUUGUGCGCAGCAUCCGCAAGGGCCUCAUCAAGCUUCCCACCUCAGAUGAUGAAAAGGACAAAUCCAGCGAAGAGGAGCAGUAUUAUGACGUGUGGGGCAACGAGGAUGACCCCAACGAUCCUCGCAUCAAAGUGCGUCAAGCAAAUCACAUUGCUGCCCCCAAGGUCGCGUUGCCCCAUCAUGCCGAGUCCUACAACCCCCCCGAGGAGUACUUGCCCACCGACGCCGAGGCCGAAAAGUGGCGCAACGCGCACGAGGAUGACCGUGAACGCAACUACUUGCCGCACAAGUAUGGCAGCCUUCGCCUCGUACCAGCUUACGACCAGUACAUUCAGGAGCGCUUCCAUCGCUGUCUUGAUCUCUACCUUUGCCCCCGCGCUCGACGCAUUCGUAUGAACGUUGAUCCCGAGGAUCUUCUUCCCAAGCUGCCCAAGCCUGAGGACCUGCAACCGUUCCCUUCUGCACCGUCUCUCGUUUACCGUGGUCAUAAGGCCCGUGUGACGUCCAUCUCCUGUGACCCAACCGGCCAGUGGCUUGUGUCGGGCAGCGAUGACAAGACAAUUCGCGUCUGGGAAAUCUCCACGGGUCGCUGCGUUCGUGUCGUCACGGUUGAUGCCGAGGUCAACAUGGUGGCCUGGUGCCCCAAUGCCGGCGUGAGCAUUGUAGCCGUUGCGCAUGGUCACACCGUAUCACUGAUUUGCCCCCGUGUGGCCACGGCUGCCAUUGACAAGGCCACGGCAGUGCUUUGCAAUCAGUCCAUUGAGAAACCCUCUCAAGGGGCUGAAGAAGGCAUGCGCGCCACACCAACGUGGAACCGCAUCCGUGGCGAGCGACAGGAUCAAGACGGUAUUUUCUUCGAGAUUCCUCAUCAUGCAGAGGUUAUGCAGGUCACUUGGCAUCACAAGGGCAAUUACUUUGCAUCCGUCAUGCCGCGCGCCGAGACGCAGUCUGUCUGCGUCCACUCUCUGAACCGCCAGUCUACGCAGCACCCUUUUCAAAAGCGCAACCGCGAUGUGCAACGCGUCCUCUUCCACCCUACCCAGCCGCUCUUCUUCGUGGCGACGAAGACACACGUGCGUGUUUACAAUCUGCAGGCUCAGGCAUUGGUGAAAAAAUUGCUCACCGGCGUGCGUUGGUUGAGCUCGCUGGCAAUACACCCUGCGGGUGACAACCUUAUCAUUGGCUCGUACGACAAGCGCCUUUGUUGGUUUGACAUGGAUCUGUCCAUCAAGCCGUACAAGAUUCUUCGGUACCACAAAUAUGCCUUGCGCCAGGUGUGCUUCCACAAAAAGUACCCCAUUUUUGCAUCAUGUGGUGAUGAUGGCAACGUGCAUGUUCUGCACGGCAUGGUCUACAAUGAUCUGGGUCAAAACCCUUUGAUUGUGCCCGUCAAGAUUAUCAAAGCACACAACCAGACUUCGGAUGGCAUGGGCGUUAUGGACUGCACCUUCCAUCCAUCGCAGCCCUGGCUAUUCAGUGCAGGUAGCGAUGGUAGCAUCAAGCUGCAUGUGUAACACAGCAGUCCUGUGCCAUGUCUCGAGUCGGACCCUGUUGGUUGAUUUGUUUGAUGUGGGUAUUUCGAGCCUCGCUGGUACCCUUUGUCUUUAUAAGUGGUUUAUUUUUCUGCGCAGAUUGUCAAUCGAACCAGAAGCGUU